AUGCGACGUCGUGAGAGCAAUUUGACACUAGAUGACGACGUUGACGUGACUGUCGAGAUUAAUCACUUUGAACAUCCGUGGAUGACAGUGGAAUUGUAUGAACAAUUGUGGUUAAAUGCCACACAACAAGUAAGUUCCAGUUGUACGUUUACAAAGUACAAGCAAACGAGCAGUUUUCGAAAAGAGAGUUCGACACAAGACCCGAAUGAAACUACUGCUGAAGCUAAUAGUACAGCAAUAGAGUGUUUUCAGGAGCAAUUUUUGAAGAAUUUAGGGAGUGAUAUUGUCAUAUUCCCGCCACAGCCACGACGUCCGUUUAUCGUGCUUGCAUAUGCUAGUGUGACAGAUCAGUAUGGACUCAAGACUGUACUUCUGGUACGAAUGGAACAACUUCGAGAUUCAGAGCAAAUUGGCAUUACUGUGAAGAAUACAGAUCCUAUUCAUCGUACUAGAAUGGUGGCGUUCCUUAGCAUUUUACAACAGCGGAUUCAACCAGUAAAAGCUCCAAAACGACCUCAUGCAAGAAGUGUAGACACAAGUAGUUUGUUUUUGGAAGAGUAUGAUCAUGAUAGAAUGAUAGAUACAGAUAUAUCUACCGUGGUACCAUCGCCUGUGAUUGAGACACCAGUUGCAUUGUCACAAGCUUUAGCAGAGACACCUCCGUCCAGUCGAUCAUCCUCUGUACUUAUGGGAAGACCGCGAAAUGGUUCACGAACAAUUGCACGUGGACGAUCUAACACAAUUCGGUAUCGUACAGACCGCGAUAUUGCAUUCGAAGGCUAUUUAAGCAAGAAAAGCGAUGUUUUGAUGAGCUGGAAAGCCACGUAUUGUGUUCUUGAAGAGGACACAUUGGCGUUUUAUGAAACGCGAGAAGAUUUUAUUUCAAAUUCAAAACUUAUUGGUCGGAUUCAACUUCAAGCGAUUGAAGACGAAGAAAUGGGCAAGCCAAAUGGCUUUUGUGUAACUGCAGAAGGUGGUCAUGUGAGUCACAUGAGCUCACGAACAGCCUUUGAAAAGGAACAGUGGAAGCGAGCAAUCAGUAUUGCGAUUUCUAAAGUACCGGAAGUGGCACGUCCAUACGUAGCGUUUGCGUCUCAGCCUUUAGAGCCUCAUACGUUCUAUCGACUUCUUGGUGCAUUAUUACGUCAAGAAGUGAGCGAUUUUCCUGUGUUGUUCCGUAGCAUGCAUCCCGACAUUGUCGUCACGUCUAAUUUUCCUCCAAUUGUGCCGUUUUGGGGCCAGUAUCGUCGAUACGAUGGUGUCUUGCUCUUUAUCUCUACAUUGUUAGAUACAGUUUCAGUGGAUCAUUUUUCAUUUUUGGAUGUCAUUGAAUUGGUGCGUGGAGAUGCUGAUUGCGUCGAUGAAGCGGGAGCUCCUGACGCGCUCACACCUUCUCCGCUUACUGUGGACUCGUAUGUUUUGUCUCCAAAAACGAACGAUUCUUCGACAGUCACGCCAACAAGCGCUUCAACUCCUUCUGCGCAGUGGACAAAACGUCUAGUAGUGACUGGAAAAGAGACAUUUAAUUUACUUAAAGCAGAAAAUCGUCGAGUGACUCAGUUGUUUGUUCAUGAAUUGUGGCUGGAUCACAAAGAUCGACUUGUACGCUGGCACUUGAAUGGAGACGCUGUGGCGCUCUCGGUUGCAUUUGAUGAUGCACCACGCGGCGAAAAUAUCCGACUGGUGCUGCCUGGAGAAGCGUCUGCGAUUUCUCAUUCGAUCCCUCCGGGAAUAUUUUACGUGCAGAUUUUACGGGCACAACAAUUACAUCUCAGUGAAAAUGGGAAUGACCAUACAACAAAAGGAACUAGUCACACGACUGCUGCGUUGAAAAAAGGGUUUCCAGUGUAUGCACGUUGCAUUCUUGAAGAAGGAACUCACAUGGAGCAAACGUUGCGUGGUUUAGACUUGAAAAAAGGAGAGAUUUCUACCGAAGAAUUCUCGACUUCGCUGAAAGGUUUGCUCAAAGAAACCCGUCGACCUUCGAAAGGAACGCGAUUCUUUCGUGGCUUGAGGCGUGCUGCAGGGAUUUCUGGCGAAAGAACAGUGGCAACAUUUGGAGAUCCAAGUGGCUGUGUCACCAAUAUAUGCAAGUGUUUGCCCGUCGUGAAUCCCGACGAUCAUCACAAAGCUGGUACGCUGAAUCCCGAGUGGUCAAGUAAUCUCCGACUUGAAUUUCCAGGCUGUGCGCGAGGAUUUACGUACUUUUUAAAGGUCGAAGUAUUUCAAAGUCGCUUUAUGUUAGCAGAUGAACUUUUGGGUGUCUGUAAAAUCAAUGUGACGCCUCAUUUGUCGCUAGUUCUUGGCUCUGCGGAUGCGAAAGCAAACGGUGCGUUGCCUCGAUGGCACAAUUUGUGUGACCAGUAUAACGAUUGUAAGGAAUCAUGGGCCCCUCCGACAGUCUUUCGAGGUCGCAUUCAGCUCGGGAUCAUCUUUGCACCGACUAUUACUUGGGCCGAAAGCUUUCCGCAAUCUCAAGGUCUUCGACGUAUGGCUAGUGAUGGGAGGCUAGUGGAAUCAAGACGUGGAUCGUUGGACGAAACUUUGCUGCAAAGUUCGUCUAGCUACAGCCUUCGGGAGUGUCUACGAUCUGAUAAACGAGCGUCUGCGAAAGCUUUUAGUUUGACUUUGGAACGUGGUUUUGUGACACGUCCAGUGCAAAGACGAACGGAGUCUGGUGAGCCAAGAGAGAAUCGCGACGUAAGUUCAAAAAUUGAAUCUCCUACCAGUAAAAUAAACGAUGAGCUGUCACAUUUCGCUCGCCAAAACCAUACGUUUUGUGGAAAGACCACGCAGUUUGAUGUUCCACGAAAGUAUCAAUUAAUUAAAGUUGUGGGCGCUGGAACGUACGGUGAAGUAGUUGCUGCAAGUGACGUUGAGUCUGGGACGACAGUUGCAAUUAAAAAAAUUACGAAUGCGUUUCAAGAUUUGCCUGACACAAAGCGAAUUCUUCGUGAAUUGUGUCUAUUGCGUCAAUUGAGACAUCCCAAUCUUAUACAACUUUACGAUAUUCCUCGACCUGAACGUCUGUCAUAUCUAGAAGACAUUUAUCUUGUGACGGAUCUCAUGGAAACGGAUUUACAUCGUGUGAUUCAUUCGACUCAGACCUUAACAGAUCAACAUGUAGCACAUUUUAUGCGUCAAAUUCUACGUGCGCUAGCGUAUUUGCAUUCGGCCAAUGUAUUGCAUCGCGAUUUAAAACCAUCAAACAUUUUAGUUACAAGUACAUGCGAAGCUAAAAUUUGUGAUCUUGGGUUAGCUCGUUAUGUGGAUCAUUCCAAGGCAAAAAAAAUCAAUGGAGCAUCCGACGAAGCAUUUGUUGAGCUGACAGAGUACGUCGUAACGCGAUGGUAUCGAGCCCCAGAAAUCUUGCUUGACGGAUGUAAAUACGAUAAACCCUCUGAUCUAUGGUCUGCUGGCUGCAUUUUAGGCGAGCUUUUAGGCCGCAAACCCCUUUUUCCCGGAUCGAGUACAAUUAAUCAACUGAACAAGAUUUUUAAUGUGCUUGGAACACCUGAUAUCACGUACAUUGCCAGGAUCCACAAAGAAGCAGCGCAAAAAUGGGUUCAUCGACAAAGGCGGAGGUCAAAAAUUCCAUUUGAAGAGCUUUAUCCGAAUGCAAAUCAACAGGCUCUUGAUCUUUUAGAAAAGCUGCUUGUGUACGAUCCACAAAAGCGUCUUAGUGCCGUUGAAGCGCUAAUGCAUCCAUACAUACGGGAGGCUUUUCGAUCAAUGGGGGACUAUAACGAAGAAGAUGAGACGUUCAGCUAUGAUGAAGUGGAGCAGAAAGAAGACAAAUUUUUGGGCAAGAUUGACGACACUAAUGAAUAUGUGGUUGAAACAAAGGAAGCGAUGCAAAAGGCAGUGUUUGAGCAGGUUUGCUUCUUUCAUCCCGAAGCAAGAGAGUUUGAAGACUGGAUUAAUAAGCACGAUGAAAAGUACUGUGUCGAUCCACAAUCGGGCAAGUUGGUCCCUUUGAACAAGGGGUGA